AUGACGAAAAUUUCAGAAUCGUUGCCGCCAAAGGGUGGGUUUUCUUUCGAUCUUUGCAAGAGGAAUGAGAUGCUUGCGAAGAAUGGGUUGAAACAACCGUCUUAUCUGAAAACCGGGACCACCAUCGUCGGAUUAAUUUUUCAGGACGGUGUCAUUCUUGGAGCCGACACACGUGCCACUGAAGGCCCAAUUGUUGCUGAUAAGAAUUGUGAGAAGAUCCAUUACAUGGCUCCUAACAUCUAUUGCUGUGGAGCUGGGACUGCUGCUGAUACAGAAGCUGUCACAGACAUGGUUAGCUCCCAGCUGAAAUUGCACCGCUAUCAUACCGGUCGUGAAUCUCGGGUUGUGACUGCUCUCACUCUUUUGAAGUCUCAUCUCUUCAGCUAUCAGGGUUAUGUAUCGGCUGCCUUGGUUCUUGGCGGGGUCGAUGUGACUGGCCCUCAUUUGCAUACCAUAUACCCUCAUGGUUCAACCGAUACACUACCAUUUGCCACCAUGGGCUCUGGCUCACUUGCUGCGAUGGCUGUUUUUGAAUCGAAAUAUCGUGAAGGACUGAAUAGGGAUGAAGGAGUAAAGCUAGUAGCUGAAGCAAUAUGCUCUGGUAUAUUUAAUGACUUGGGAAGUGGAAGUAACGUAGACAUCUGUGUUAUAACAAAGGGGAAGCAAGAAUACCUGAGAAAUUAUUUGCUGCCUAACCCUCGUACAUAUGUCAGUGAGAAGGGCUACACGUUUACCAAGAAGACUGAGGUGUUGCUUACAAAGAUCACACCAUUCAAAGAGCUAGUUGAGGUGAUUGAAGGUGGAGAUGCAAUGGAAGAGUGA